CAUCCCUAAUGGUAACCUGGAAUUCUAAAAUGCUAACCAAUAUGUUUCACUCCUCAAACGAGGUUCAUGGAGACUGAGCUGGAUCUGAACGACGUCAUCCAGGAGAUGCACGUGAUCGCCACCAUGCCGGACCUCUACCACCUGCUGGUGGAGCUCAAUGCUGUCCACUCACUGCUGGGCCUCCUCAGCCAUGAAAACACUGAUGUUGCCAUAGCAGUGGUGGACCUGCUGCAGGAGCUGACAGAUAUCGACACGCUGCAGGAGAGCGAGGAAGGGGCCGAGGUGCUCAUAGAUUCUCUGUUGGAGGGGCAGGUGGUGGCCUUGCUGGUGCAGAGUAUGGAGAGGCUGGAUGAACAGGUGAAGGAGGAGGCAGAUGGCAUCUAUAACACACUGGCUAUCGUAGAAAACAUGUCAGAGUUCAGACCAGGCCUUUGCACCGAGGCAGCUCAACAGGGACUCAUGCAGUGGCUGCUCAAGAGAAUCAAGGCAAAGAUGCCGUUUGAUGCUAACAAGCUGUACUGCAGUGAGAUCCUGGCCAUCCUGCUGCAGAACAAUGACAAUACCAGAGAACUUUUGGGCGAGAUGGAUGGCAUUGAUGUGUUACUGCAGCAACUAUCUGUGUUCAAACGGCACAACCCGUCCACGGCCGAGGAGCAGGAGAUGAUGGAGAACCUCUUUGACGCUCUGUGCUCCUGCCUCAUGCUGGCAGCCAAUCGGGACCGCUUCCUCAAAGGGGAGGGGCUUCAGCUCAUGAAUCUCAUGCUCAG